AUGAAAAGAAGUGAUCCUAGUCAACCCACAAUUUUUAUGGUAGCAAUUGAGGAUUAUUAUGAUAAGCUUUCGGAAGCACACGUUCGCACAGGUCAUGGUGGCCGAGACAAGAUGAUGUUCUAUUCCAAAGAUAAAUGGAAAAUUUCCAAAACAGCUUGUCAAAUGUUUGUUUCAUUUUGCAAAACUUGCGAUAGAAUACGCGCGGCUCCAAAAACUGGUGUAGUUAUUAAGCCCAUUGUUUCUGACGGAUUUAAUAUGCGGGGGCAGGUGGACCUUAUAGAUUUGCAGUCAUGUCCUGAUGGAGAUUACAAGUGGCUGUUAAAUUAUCAGGACCACGCUACAAAAUUUUUACAUCUUCGACCGCUAAAAUCUAAGCACCCAAUAAAUAUACUGCAAAGUGAUAAUGGCAGAGAAUUUGUAGCUGCAGUAAUUCAUGAACUUGUCUCUCUUUGGCCCAAUACGCGCAUUGUGCAUGGUCGUCCUAGGCACCCUCAGAGCCAAGGUAGCGUAGAAAGAGCCAAUGCCGAUGUUGAAAAUAUGCUGAGAGCAUGGAUGUUGGACCAUAAUUCAACAAAUUGGAGUGAGGGAUGCUAUGAAGUGCAGUGGCAAAAAAAUACAUCAUUACACCGUGUAAUAAAGAGAACUCCUUAUGAAGCAGUACUGGGACCCAUUAGAUGUGGUUUGCAAACUACUUCCUUGCCCGAUGAGAUUUUAAACACUUUACACACUGAAGAACAAUUGACAAACACUAUCAAUGAAUACAAUUCUAAUUUACAAUUGAAAAGCGUUUACGAAACGGAACCUACUAUUUCGGAAGCUUGUCGUGAAGUUGCUGUUGAAGCAAGUUCUUCAGAAGAAUCUGCAGUUAAUGCAAUUCAAAAUUCUAAUCGAGCAAAUUGUUCAAUUUGUCAAAUGCACAUCGACGACGAUUUUGGAAAACCAUCGACAAGUGAUGAACAAAAUUUGGUUUGUUCAUUAUGUGCAAGAGGGAAACGAUUAAAAGAGGUGCAAAAUGACUGCUUUAAACGCCAGAUAAUAGCAGCGGAGAAGAUGGUAACAUUUUCUGAAGCUACAUUUCCUGCCUUAAACAUUGGCGAUUCUAUUUCCUUAGCUGUUCCAACUGUUGAUCGCGGACCAUUAGAUUUUAGUAAUAUUCUUGGAGUUAUAACUGAUUUGAAAAAUAACGUGUAUCAAAUUAGUACAAAACAUGGUAUUAUAAAAGGGUGGUUUCCUAGAACAGACAUUCAAAGAGUAGAAACUACUGUUUUAUUGGUAAAUGACGUGCCUACUGGUGAAUAUCUAAGUCUACGAGAAGCUGCAUCUCUUCAGUCCCUAAGUGGAGGUCAGGGAUAUAAGAAAUGCAAUUGCAAAGUUAGCGAACAGCAGUGCAGAACGAGAAGAUGUGCUUGCUUCAAAUCAAAUAUUCUGUGCAACUCACGAUGCCAUAUGAGUUCGUCGUGUUGCAAUAAAUAA